UUUAGAAGUAUCAACUGGGGUUUUCAUUAUGCACAGAAUCAGAUGCAUCAUUCUGCUGUUAUGCACACUGGGUCUUCAUGCCAAAACACCCCUCACUGUGACCUACUCUCCUCAGAACAGCUGUGCUCUCACAGGCUCCUCAGUGCUUCUUACCUGCAGUUACACACUUCCACCAAACUACAGUUUUUCUAGAGGAUAUUGGUACAAAACUGAUAGUCAGAAACAUGUGACGUAUGUACGAGCAUCUGGAACUCGUACUGAGUAUAGCUACUUCUCUCCAGAGUGUAGAGUGAGAAUAAGCAAUCUGAUUCCUAGCGACUCUGGUGUAUAUGACUACAGAAUUAGCAGACAUACCACAACCUUACAAGGAAAAGAUGGAGUUACUCUCUAUGUUUCAGAUGCUCCACGUAAGGACUGUUGGGGAGUGUCCUACUCGUCCACCAGCUUCUGUGCCUCGAGGGGCUCAACGGUGGACAUUCCCUGCACAUACGGAUUCCCCAGAGACCAGACAGUCACCACAACACACUGGUACAGAGAGGUGGAGAACGGUCAGGAUCCUAUAGACCUGCAUCUGGAGGAAGACUAUGAGGGCAGAGUGGAACAUCUCAGUACUGAGGAGCAUAACUGCACUCUGAGAAUCAGAGACGUGGGAGAAACUGAUUCAGGAAAAUAUCGAUUCAGAUACAAGACAAACACAAGAGGAGGGGCCUUCUCUGGUGAUGUGGUGACAAUCUCAGUCACAGAACUGCAGGUGUCAAUGACAGCUGAUACAGUAACAGAGGGAAGCAAUGUGACACUGACCUGUGAUACAACCAGCUGCUACCUGAAGGCUGACACCCCCUUCAUCUGGUACAAAAACACACAGCCAACCAGACACAGAGCCAUCAACAGCACCCUCCACCUAAACCCAGUCAGCAGUGAGGAUGCAGGCAGCUACUCCUGUGCUGUUAGAGGACAUGAACAACAUCAAUCACCUGAGGCUGCUUUAGAUGUCAGAUAUCCACCACGGAACACUGCUGUAUUUGUGGAUCACCAUGGUGAAGUAGUGGCGGGUGAUUCGGUGAAUCUGACCUGCCGGAGUGAUGCCAAUCCACCGGUACACACCUACACCUGGUACAGGAAGACGGGAAAUCAAACCUCACUCCUAGGAGGAGGCCAGAGUUACGUUGUCGCUAACAUCAGCUAUGAGACCAGUGGACUCUACUACUGUGUUGCACAGAAUAGUGUUGGUGAACAGCACUCGGCUGCUGUGUCAGUGCCAAUAGCAGGGCAAGGCUUUGCUAAGUAUGUAGCCAUUGGGAUCCUUGUUGUAGUGGCUCUCCUACUGCUCCCCUGCCUUCUGUGUCUGAGCAGGCGGAAAUCUAACGCUCCCCCCACAACAGGAAGCACAACGAUUUCGCAACAGCAGGCAGACUCAAGCCCGGUGUACGAUGACGUAUUGACCUCCGACCCCUCAUGCAGACGAAACACAGAAGCAGACAAUGACGUCCAGUAUGCCAGCGUUAGGUUCAAGGGCUCGGACAAAGCAGAGGUGGGCCCAUACGCUGACGUUCAGCGUCUUCACACCCAAACAGCACAGGAGGACAUUGAGUACGCUUCAAUACAUUUAUCCAGACAAAGGACACUUCCCAACCACCACUCUCAGUUCCCCUGAAGCUGUUCUGUUGCCCGGACGCCUCAUCUGAGGGCUAAGAUAUCCAUCCUGAAACACCAUGAAAGGAACCACUCUUACAUAUUUUCUUUUAUUCACUACUGGUAAGUUUUUUAUGUUGAGAUGUCGAUAGCUUAUGUUGAGCUUUUGCUUUGUGCUGCACUGAAAUAGUGCUACAUAAUUAAACACUUCAUGCCUUUUGAUAGGCCUAUAAUUAUGGCUAAAUCAUUGAUGGGUGCUGUUUGAUAGAACACUAUGUGUUUAUCUUCUGUUAAAGGGACACCAGGCAACGUUUUCGUGUUAAUUACUCAUCUUCGUAAGUCGGUAUAUGGUUAAAUGACUCAUUACAGGGCGAAUUAAGACUCGCUCGCCCGCCCCUACUGCCUGUAGGAAGAAUAUCCCGCUUGCAAGUUCACUGUAUCGUACCCGGCGACCGAAGCAGUUUCAGUUUCCAUCCUGCAUCCACAGCACAGAGGAAGGCUAACGAAACGCUAGCGAUUGUUGCAAACGUGUGUAUAAUGGCAGAGCCGGCGAAGAAGCAGCGAAAACCCUUGA